GGUCGUUCGUAUCCAUCAACUUCUCCAGCUUUCCAGAAUCUCAAGCGAGCUCACAACCCAAGCAGCUGUUUCGUUUCCAGAGCUCUGUGCGCUAGCCACGAUGCCUGCCAUGGCCAAGCCCGCGUCCCGCACCGCCAAGCCCGCCGCGGCGCCGAAGCCGAAGCCCUCCGCCGCCAAGCCGAAGGCCAACGCCGGCCCCGCCCACCCCCCCUACUUCGAGAUGAUCAAGGAGGCGAUCGCGGCGCUCAAGGACAGGACCGGCUCCAGCUUGGUCGCCAUCGCCAAGUACAUGGAGGAGAAGCACGGCGCGUCGCUGCCGGCCAACUACAAGAAGAUGCUCUCCGUCCAGCUCCGCGCGUUCGCCGCCAAGGGCAAGCUCGUCAAGGUCAAGGCCUCGUACAAGCUUUCCGACGCCGCCAAGAAGGACUCGCCCAAGGCCAAGGCCGCGCCGAAGCCGACCAAGAUCGCUGCCAAGCCCAAGAAGGAGGCUGCGAAGUCCAAGGAGGCCGCGAAGCCCAAGAAGGCCGCCGCCGCGGGUACCAAGCGCAAGGCGCCGGAGAAGAAGAUCGUCGCCAAGCCGAUGAAGUCGCCCGCGGCCAAGGCCAAGGCUAAGCCCAAGACCGUCCGCUCCCCGGCCGGCAAGAAGGCCCGCAAGGUCGCCCCCGCUUGAGAUUACCUGAUGUGUUAGAUAGUUCUGCUUGGUGUGCUAGCGUUAUGGGCCUGUACAAAGGAUGCCUCAUCCUCCCUUAGGUUUUUGGUACUGCUAGGCAAGUUCGUUGUGUCCUGGAUGGUGCUGUGUAUGGAAUGGUUAGGCGUGAUGGAUGUGUGUUUCCAGUUCUAACUAGUGAAAUGAAAUCGCAGUUCCCUUCAGCUUUAAUCCAAGUCAGUUACGCCAGGUUCUGUGCUGUAACUUGUUUGA